AUGGCAGGCCCAUCGGAAAAACCUCCUCUUAAUGAUUCUUCGAGCUCCACCAUCAGUCUCCCUGAGUAUGCCCUUCUGCCAGAGGACAAUGUUCUGCCGACUAGCUCCAGUUUGUCAGACUCUUUGAGAAGGGAGUCGUUGGUUUUCCUGGAUGAUCCAUUCGACACAAUCUUACCCGCUGAAGACAAUGGGCGAGUUGCCCUUACUGUUGGGAAGAAUAUCUCCAAAGUCUACAACCAUCUUAGGAAGAAUUUUCAAGAUCUGGAUCCCCCUUGUGAGGUGCGGUCGGAAGUCCCUGACUACGCACUGGAGACGCCUCACCCAAGCUUGAACAUUGUGCUCCAAGUUGUGGGUUCUCGAGGCGAUGUCCAGCCCUUUCUUGCUUUGGCCCAAGCCCUUCAGAAAGUUGGGCAUCGAAUACGACUUGCAACACAUCCUGUCUUCCGCGACCUCGUUGAAAGUCAUGGCGUUGAGUUUUUCAGCAUUGGUGGUGACCCUGCUGAGCUGAUGUCUUAUAUGGUCAAGAAUCCCGGGCUUAUUCCAAGGUUUGCAGCCAUAAAGCAGGGCGAGAUAUACAGAAGAAGAAGAGCAAUUCGUGGCAUGUUGCGUGGUUGCUGGAAAUCAUGUUUCGAGCCAACUGAUGGAUGCUCUCCAAUAAACGGGUCAUCAAUUGUUCCCGCGAAAAAAGCCAAACGGCCGUCUGCGCGAGCUGCUGAGCCAAGGCCUUUCGUUGCAGAUGCUAUUAUUGCCAACCCCCCCUCAUUCGCCCACAUUCACUGCGCAGAGAAACUCGGUAUACCAGUUCACAUGGUAUUUACCAUGCCAUGGUCGCCUACGCGUGAGUUUGCUCACCCACUAGCCGAUAUCAAAUCUUCUGAUACAGAUGUCGCACUGGUUCACUAUUUAUCUUACUUUCUAGUCGACGCAAUCAUCUGGCAGGGCCUCGGAAGCGUGAUCAACCGCUUUCGAUCCAAGGUGCUUGGCCUUCAAGUUGUUGACCCGAGUUUGGCUCCAGGCAUGAAUUUCAUAUCCUCCGGACCCCCUCCAAUAUUUGUGGGGUUUGGCUCUAUUGUCACCGAUGAUCCAACAUAUUUAACUUCGAUUGUUCUCAGAGCCAUAGAGCUGAGUGGUGUUCGUGCCAUCAUCUCAGGUGGGUGGGGUAGUCUCGAUGUUGACGCCUUAGCUGCCGAUUCGAAUAAGGGAACAGUCUUCUUCCUCCAGAGCGAAUGCCCCCACGAUUAUCUCUUUCAGCAUGUCUCACUUGUGGUUCAUCACGGCGGUGCUGGCACUACAGCGGCAGGUCUAGCUGCUGGUAGGCCUACAAUAGUGGUUCCCUUUUUCGGCGACCAAUUUUUCUGGGGCCAUAUGGUUCAUCGAGCUGGCGUUGGCCCCGCCCCAAUCCACAAUCAAUCUCUCACUCCUUCAGACCUAGUAUUAGCCAUAAGAUCGGCACUGGAGCCGGCCAUGAAACACCGUGCAGUGGAGUUUGGCAAGAAGAUUCGAUCCGAAAAUGGGCUUGAUAUGGCCAUCUGUGCGUUUCACGCUCAUCUACCCAGGACUGGCAUUCCACCUUGCUCUCUCUUCCCCGAUCGCGUGGCUACCCUGCAAUUUACGGGCAAGAGCAAGGCUGGUACAAGGUCAGAGCCAAUGGGAGUAAAAGAGGUCCAUCUUAGCCCAUUGGCCGCGACUUUCUUACGCAAGCAUAAUUUUAUAUCAUCUUCUUCGUUCGAAAAUAUGCAGUUGCUAAGGUACAUGGAGUAUAAUGUUGCCUCUGGACCUUAUGAACCCGUUUCCGGCGCAGCAUGGACCAUUCUGGAUCUAUUUUAUGAGACUUUCAAGGGAAUGGGUGAAAUAUUGACAGAAGUUGGUCAUCUCCCUUACUUAGGGGUCAAGGCCUUUGACAAGGGCAAGGCAGCAAUAAGGUCGCCCCCUCUUCCGCCUGUUGGAGCGAGAUCGUCACCUUCUGUUACAUUCUCUUCCUCUAGUCACCACUCAUAUCCGGGCAGUUUCAUGCUCAAAGGCACCCUUCGAGUUAGCAAGGCUGCCGCUCGCGCUCCAGGAGCCUUCGCGACCGCCUUGGCCUCAGGGGCGCAUAACCUGCCACGUUUAUACCACGAUCCCACCGUCCGGCCAAUACCAAGAAUCACUGGCAUCAAUUCUGGAUUUAAAGCGGGUGUUGCAGAACUAGGAUUUGGGAUCUACGAUGGAAUCGCAGGAGUGUUUACACAGCCCAUUAUGGGUGCGAUCGACCCCCACCAGAGUCAGUAUGGCCAAAAAAUGGAAGAACGAAGAGACACACCUUGCCAGCAAACCACCAAGGGCGAUCAAUUAGGAGCAGCUCAAGAAACGCCUCCGUGGACGAUAGGAGCUAGUGCUCUCGGCUUUGCCAAGGGACUAGGAAGAGGCGCUGUUGGAUUACCGAUCAAGUUCUUUGCAGCGGCCAGCGGUAUUGCAGGGUACCCGCUCAAAGGGAUCGAUUCUGAGUUGAGUAAAGCAUGGAAGGGAGACGACAUGAAGGAAGUGCGAAAGCAGAGAAAUCUGCAAGGUGAGAAGGAAUACUUCGAAGCAGGCUUCACAAGCCGGCAGGUCGAAGAAAUAGCCGCGAGGUGGGAAGCAAUCAUGGGAGAUUUCGUAAGAUAG